AUGGCGGGGGACAUCGCAGUGGGGAUGCUCUACAACUUGGUGCUGCCGCUUCUCCUCCUGGCCGCGUCCUCGUUCCGCUACAACGGUCUGUCGCUCGUCUAUUUCCUGUUUGUCCUCGCCUUGCCUCUCCUUCCCAACCCCACCCAGGUCACCAUGAAAGGUAAAACCGGUCGCUUCCUCCUGCUGAUCGUGUACACCAGCUUGAUGUUCCUGACGCUGCAGUGUUUCAUGCAGAUCCCCUUCGCCUACAUCCCUGUGCAUGGAAGUGGCUACUGGGAAGAUUUCCUCUACCAUUUGGGCAUUGUAAGAUUCAGUAUAGUGGAGCCAGGGAACAUUGUGCGUCUCCUGGCCCCAGACGUGGGUCUCCUCGUCUCCUCCGUGUUCGUGGUCAGGCUGUGCACGAAGCUGCUGCGCCCUGCUCCCCAAAUCAGUCUCCAUGACAACGGCAUCACGCCCUCCGACCCUGAGGAGGGGGAAACCUCCGACUCGGAGUCCGAGGGAGGAAGUGACAUCACAGAUGGCUCGUCCUAUGACAGCUCAGACGAGACCACGGCGCCGGCUCAGACGGGGCCGCCCCAGUUCGUCCAGAAGCUGCUUGUGUUUGCGGCCGGACUGCGGCUGCUGCUGUCUGCCAUCAUGAACACAGCAGGGAAAGUGGUGGUGACUGUGCUGUUGGGACUGGCAGGUAUCACGCUGCCCUCCCUCACCUCAGGUGUGUAUUUCGGGGUGUUUUUGGGACUGGUGUGGUGGUGGGUGUUCAGCCGCUCCAUCAGCCUGCUGCUCUUCAGCACCCUGUGUGUGAUGAUGGCCAUCUUCAGCGCGGGACACCUGUUGGCCCUGUACCUCUACCAGCUGCCUCUGUCCCAGCAGCUGGUGCCCCCAGGCGAUGUUUACGCCAGGCUGUUUGGUAUGACGGGCGUCAUCAGAACCAACAGCUCGGAGCCGUACAGCCUCGGUCUGCACUCGGACGUCAGCUGGCCGGACUUCAUCAACCCGCUGGUCCUGCUGCUGCUCUACUACACACUGGUGGCUCUGCUGCACAAGUGGGUCCACAUCACCGACGAGGAGGUGUGUGCAAGUGGUAACGUUGACGUUCAGGAGUCUGAGAGUCCAGCAGAAUCUCCAGAAGAUCCUCCCAGUUUCUCCAGGAUCCUCUACGUCUCAGGAGACAAACAGGAGCUUCUGUCCAGCACAGAUGAUGAAACAUACCUACCAGACGAGCCAGCGAUCUUACUGACAGACAUGUCCUGGCACGAUACCCGUACAAGUGAGCUGGGGUCUCUGUUAGGAGGAGCAGGCUACACAAACUGCUACCCUCCACCAAAGUAUGAAGACAAAGACUCACCAUCACAUGAGACAGAGGGUGAGGGAGAAAUGGAGGAGAAGGACGGCGAGUCCCAUAAGAGUGUGACGGAGAGCCUGCCUCCCCCUUCAGGCCCCAGUGGUCUGGUUGUCUUUGGCCGGCUGGUGCAGAAACACAGCUACGUCAGCGCCCUCAUCAUUAUGAUGGUGUGGAGCAUCACCUACAACAGCUGGCUGACCUUUGCCUUGCUGGUGUGGUCCUGCGGGAUCUGGAUGAUGCGAGACCGCCGCCGGUACGCCAUGAUGUCCGCCCCUUUCCUGGCCAUCUACGGGACCGUUCUGGUGGUGCUGGGCUUCCUCAGCGGGCUGCGUCUGAGUCGCUCCGAGCUCUACCCGGGUCUGCCCUCUGCUGUGAUCGUGGACUUUGACCUGAGCAGCUACCACCCGUCACCCUGCGUCCACCUGGGAGCGAAGGUUUUCUACAGCUUCAGUUUUUGGCUGAUGUUUCGUCAGCAGCUGAAGGAGAGACAGGAGGAGCAGAGCCUGAAGGAGGAGUCACUGGAUGAAGUCAAAGUCACAACACCGGAGGAGGCUGAGCCAUCUCCUCUGGUGGCGAUGCUGGGCUCGGCGGUGAAAGGGACGCUGGUGAAGUACUGGAUCCUCUUCUGCUGCUCCAUGUUCUUUGUGGUCAGCUUCUCUGGCAAGGUGGUCGUUUACAAGAUCCUCUACAUCGUCCUCUUCCUCUUCUGUGUCACCAUGUAUCAGACCCGGUAUGACGUGUGGCGGCGGAUCCUGAAGAGCUUCUGGGCCGUGGUGGUCGGAUACUCCAUGGUGGUGCUGAUCGCCAUCUACAUGUACCAGUUCAGGAGUGUGUCGGGGCUCUUCAGGCAGAUCAUGGGCAUGUCCGAGGAGGGGCUUCGUGACCUUGGGUUGGAGCGAUACCAGACAGUGGAGCUCUUUGCACGGAUUCUGCUUCCCGCGGCGUUCCUGUUGGCCUGCAUCCUCCAGCUGCACUACUUCAACUCCGACUUCCUGUCGCUCACCGACCUGGACAACGUGCCUGUCAGACAGACCUCCAGAGAGGAAGAGCUCAGGAGUUCGGUGAAUGUGAUCUCUGAGACCAUUAAAGAAAACCUGGAAAAGUUCCAGAAGAGGCUGGUGAAGGAGCAGCAGACUGGGAGAAGCCAGGAGACUCUGGACAGCGCUGGAAUGCUAAACUCCCCGGAGAACGAGUGUGAGGUGCAGGAGGAGACAGCAGAAAAGGAUGAGCCCCCCCUCAGCCGUCAGGACCAGUGGGGCCUCAUCGUGGACCGGGCCGGCUUGCUGCUCAUCCACGCUCUGACGGGCUUUCACCGCCUGCAGGAGCUGUGCUGGCGGCUGCUGGAGCUCCACUGCCUCAAAAUCGUGUCCUCCGGCAUCAUCUGGGUGUCCCUGCAAGAGGUUUCUCUGAUGAACUACCUCUUUCUGGUUCUGUGGACUUUUGCCCUCCCGUUUCCACGGUUACGACCUCUAGCGUCCAGCAUCUCCGCCGUGUGGGCCUGCGUCAUGGUGGUGUGUAAGAUGUUUUACCAGCUCAAAGUCAUCAAACCGGCCGAUUAUUCCUCCAACUGCACUGCUGGCUUGGCUGUGUCCAACAGCUCGGAUCUGGACGUGGAGGGAAACAUGGUGGAGCUUCUCAAGAGGUCCAUUCUCUACAUCGAGCCCGUCGACCCGGUCUACUGGUGUGGAGCGCUACUCAAGUGCGAGGGCAGGAUCCUUCCCUGUCUCAGGAACCACCUGAUGGUUCUGGGGCUGCUGGUGUUUGAGGCGACCGUCCACCGCCACCAGCUCUACUACCGUCUCCGUAACGACCUGAAGCCGCCGCCCUUCAGCAUCAUCUUCCUGGGCAUCACGCGGCAGCACCUGGACCACGGCAUCCUGCCCUGCAUCAAGUACUUCAUCAACUUCUUCUUCUACAAAUUUGGACUGGAGGUCAGUUUAAUCGUGGCGGUCAACGUCAUCGGUCAGAGGAUGGAUUUCUACGCCCUGCUCCAUUCCUGCGCCUUGUUGGCUGUGUUGUCGCGGCGACGCAGGAAGGCCAUCGGGGAGGUGUGGCCUAAAUACUGCUGCUUCACCGCUGGGCUCAUGGUGCUGCAGUACCUCAUCUGCAUCGGCAUCCCUCCUGCUCUCUGUGUUGACUACCCUUGGAGGACAGCUCUUCAGCCUCUGACCUCUAACGUGAUCAAAUGGUUUUACAUGCCAGACUUUGCAAUGAAGCCCAAUCCCUCAUUCAUAUUCUACGACCACCUCCUGCUGCUGUGCUCCUGUCUGCAGUGGCAGGUGUUUGAGGAGGAGAACCGGGCGGCCGUACGCCUCCUGGCGGGAGACAACGUGGAGAUCAGCCGCAGUCUGGAUCCAUGCUCAGUCAACCAGUUCAUACCUGUGGACAACUUCCUGCACUGCCGGUCUUACCUGGACAUGGUGAAGGUGGUUGUGUUCAGCUACUUCUUCUGGAUGGUGCUGUGCCUCAUCUUCAUCACAGGGACGACGCGGAUCAACAUCUUCUGUCUGGGCUACCUGGUGGCCUGUUUCUACUUCAUGCUGUUUGGCGGCAGCGUGCUGAUGCAGCCUGUCAGAUACAUCCUGAGAUUGUGGGACUGGCUGAUUGGCUACACCUGCUUCGUCAUCGCCAUGAAGAACCUUUUGUCUCUUGGCUCAUGUGCCUACCUGGACAGCCUGUUGAAGAACGGCUGCUGGCUCAUCCAAACCUUCAGCAUGUUCUGCACCAUCAAAGGCUACGACGUCCCGGAACCUGACGAUCAGUGUGAGCUGCCGGAGGGUGAGGCUGGCAUCGUCUGGGAUGCGAUCUGUUUCACCGUCCUGCUGGCACAGAGGAGAGUUUUCCUCAGCUACUACUUCCUCUACGUGGUGUCAGAGCUCAAGGCCUCUAAGAUACUGGCCUCCAGGGGCGCUGAGCUGUUUGAGGCCAAGGUGAAGAAGCUGGUUGCUGCCAGACUGGAGAUGGAGAAAAAAUCGGUGGAAACACUGAAGAAACAGAUGGAGAAGAUCAAAUCCAAACAGAAGAGUCGACCUGGAUCAGGAGACGAAGCAAAGCCUGCCGCUGCUGAUCCGGAGCUGCAGGACGAUGAGGAGAAGGCGAAGAGAGAUGCUGGAAAAUGGUGGAAACCCUGGGUCUCUCAGCCCGGAGUGGAGAACAACUGUGGCUACCACCUGUUUGAGAGCGACAGUGAGGAGGAGGAGGAGGAGGUGCAGGAGAAGAAAGAGGAGGAGGCGCCACCAAAGAAGAAAUCAGCGUUUCAGCUGGCCUACGAUGCCUGGGUCACCAGCUCUAAAUCGGCCCUGAGGGACCUGAAGAAGGAGAAGAAAAAGAUCAAGAAGGAGGAGACGAAGAGAGCGAAGAGAGAGCUGCAGAAACAGCAGGGCAUUGAGAGAGCAGACUCCAGCGAGGAUGAGUUGGAUGAAAGCUGCGUGGAGGAGGAGAAAGAAGAGGAGAAAGAAAACAUCUUCCAGCGCUGCAUCAACACCCUGAAGUUCGGCUGGGCGUUCGUCCAGUCGCUGCUCGACGAUCUCACUCAGGGACUGAACUCCUUCUGCAAAGACAACCUGGACAUUUCCAAGGUGCUGCGCUUCGAGAGAGCCUUGCUCAGCCAGCAGCAGAAGAAGGGUCGAGAGGUGAGCCAGGAGAGUGUGAAGCAGUUUUACGAGAGCCGGCUGUCCCGUCAGAACACGUCGUCGUCUCUGGACGAGCUGGACGAGCCCCUGCCUCCUCCCUCCUGGCCGCCCGCCGAGCCCUCAUCUCAUCACGCCUACAGCAAGCUGAGGAACCAGGCGUCCAAGGUGUCCUGGGCCAGCAGCGUCUCCAGCUGCAUGACCGAUGAGACGAUGCUGGGCUCGAGGCAGCCCACCCAGGAGGACCUGGACGAGCCUCCUGCCAUGUCGCCCGCCGCCAACCAGCUCAGACGGAGGCUCCUGAAGACGGCCAACAUCGACUUCACCUCGUUUGACGGCGAUGGGCCCCCACCAAGCCUUGAAGAUGUCGCUCCUCAAAAGGAAGAGGAGGAAACAGGGGAUGCUGAGGAGGAGGAGAAAGCAGAGGAUGAGAAGAAACAGGAGCAGCAACAAGAGCAGAAGGAGGAGGAGGAGGAGGAGGAGGAGGGGCAGGAGGAAAGGGAUGAGCAGGUGGAGAAGGAGGAGGAGGAGGAGCAGCAGGAGGAGCAUCAUGAGACGGAGCUGCAAAAGCAGGAAAAGGGAUCACAGGAGAUAGAAGAAGACGAGGAGCACCCCGACCACCCAGAAUCCCUCUCUCUGGGGUUCAGGGAGGGCGAGGGAGACAAAAGUCUGGAUCUCCCAGAAUCCCCCAGGCCUCUGAGUCAGGAAACGAGGAACCUCACUGCGAGCGAGCUGCUGCUCAACAACAUGUUUCAGAACGACGAGAUCUCCGAGUCCGACAAGUUCUACCAGACGCUGCCGAGGCCGCUGAAGCUGCUCUUCGCCCUCUACAACACCAUGGUGUCCAAGUCGGAGAUGCUGUGCUACUUUGUCAUCAUCCUCAACCACAUCGUGUCCGCCUCGUUCCUCUCCCUCAUCCUGCCCAUCCUCAUCUUCCUCUGGGCCAUGCUGUCGGUGCCCAGGCCCACAAAACGCUUCUGGAUGACCGCCAUAAUAUACACAGAGCUGACCGUUGUGGUGAAGUACUUCUCCCAGUUUGGUUUCUUCCCCUGGACCACCUCCAAGUACCGCGGCGUGAACGCCGAGGAGCCCUUCGCUCCGCCCAACAUCAUCGGGGUGGAGAAGAAAGACGGCUACGUUCUCUUCGACCUCAUCCAGCUGCUGGCUCUCUUCUUCCACCGCUCCAUUCUCAAGUGCCACGGCCUGUGGGACAACAAGGAGGUGGAGAUGCCUGAUUUCUUUAAGAAGAUGAAGAAGAAAGUGGAUAAGAAGAAGAUGAUGGGAGGAGACAAGCCGGGAGCCGCGGAAGGAGCUCCACGCCGGCUGAGGUUCCUCCCCCUGCAGGCCUCCACCACCUCCAUCUUCUGUAGGCGAAAGAGAGGCGACUCUGGAGAGUCUGAUGAGGUGAAGCCCAAGAAGCCCCCGAGGAAGAAGAAGCGGCACCGCCAGCACAAGGCCCCCCUGACCAGGAAGCAGAGGAUGAGACAGCAGUUCAGGGAGAGGAUGCUGCAGGCCAAAGCUGCUGUCAUAGAAGUUGCCCUGCACAUUUACCUACCCAUCAGGCAGUUCUUCUAUGACAUCAUCCACCCAGAGUACAGCCCUGUGUGCGACGUCUACGCCCUCAUGUUCCUCAUCGAUGUGGUCAACUUCAUCGUCACCAUAUACGGAUACUGGGCUUUUGGGAAAUACAGCGCGGCGGCGGACAUCACGGAGUCGCUGUCGGAGGACCAGGUGCCCGAGGCGUUCCUGGUCAUGCUGCUCAUGCAGUUCGGCACCAUGAUCGUGGACCGGGCUCUCUACCUGAAGAAGUCCCUGCUGGGGAAGUGUGUGUUCCAGGUGGUGCUGGUGUUCGGCAUCCACUUCUGGAUGUUCUUCAUCCUCCCCGGGGUCACCGAGAGGAGGUUCAACAGAAACCCGAUCGCCCAGCUCUGGUAUUUUGUCAAGUGUAUCUACUUCGGCCUGUCUGCCUACCAGAUCAAAUGUGGCUACCCCAACCGCAUCCUGGGCAACUUCCUCACCAAGAACUACAACUACAUGAACCUGUUCCUCUUCCAGGGUUUCCGGAUGGUUCCCUUCCUGACCGAGCUGAGGGCAGUGAUGGACUGGGUUUGGACCGACACCACCCUGUCUCUGUCCAGCUGGAUCUGUGUCGAGGACAUUUAUGCCAACAUCUUUAUCCUCAAGUGCUGGAGGGAGUCUGAGAAAAAAUACCCCCACCCUCCAGGACAGAAGAAGAAGAAGGUGGUGAAAUACGGAAUGGGAGGGUUCAUCAUCUUCGCUCUCAUCAGCAUCAUCUGGUUCCCCCUCCUCUUCAUGUCACUGGUCAAAUCAGCUGCCGGAGUGACCAAUCAGCCGCUAGACGUCUCCAUCCAGCUCAGCAUAACAGGAUAUGAGCCUCUGUUCAGUAUGAACGCCCAGGAGCAGAACUUGGUUCCUUAUUCAGAAGCUGCAUUCAACCGGAUCACCAACACCUACGCCACGCAUCCAUCGGCGAUGCAGUUCCUAGUGAACUACGUGGCGGAGGACAUCAUUAUUGCUAAGAUCAAGAGCGAUGCCAGUCUGCUGUGGAGCAUCAGCCCAGCCAGCCGGGAGGCCAUGAUCCAGGAGCUCAGCAACUCCACGCACAUCUACAUCACCUUACGAUGGACGCUGCUCAGGAAUGCAUCUGUGUCAAUGAACGCAGAGGCGAUGGGAGAACACACUGUGAAGUAUGAGGAUAAAGACUUGAGGGACGGGAUUGUCCACAUGCUCAAAGGCACCAGCAACACCCCUGUGAUCAUUGAAUCUCUGAUGCCCAAGUUCAUCAGGGGUCUCAAAGGCCCGGAGUCUAAAAUGGCAACCAGGAUGGACGUUGAGCUCUCAGACCACCCGAAGGACAUCCAGACUAAGGCUUUCUUCAGACCCCUGUCACUCAGGCUGCAGCAGGCCAACGGGGGCUCCGAUGAGGAGGCAGACCAGUGGUGGGUAGUGGAGGAGUGCUCCCCGGUUCCCAACCUCGCCGACCCCGGCUGUGACAGCAUCGAGAUCGUGGUGUUCAACGAUAAAGUCAGUCCACCCAGUCUGGGCUUUCUGGCGGGACAUGGCAUUGUGGGCCUGUACAUGUCGGUGGUGCUCGUCAUCGGGAAGUUUGUCAGGGAAUUCUUCAACGGGAUCUCUAGGUCCAUCAUGUUUGAGGAGCUGCCCUGCGUGGACCGCGUCCUCAAGCUCUGCACGGACAUCUUCGUGGUCCGGGAGACGGGAGAGAUGGAGCUGGAGGAGACGCUGUUUGAGAAACUCAUCUUCCUGUACCGAUCGCCGGAGACCAUGAUCAAGAUGACCAGAGAGAAGAAAGACAGCUAGGGGCCUCACCUCUGUGGGUUUAUGGCCCCUUAUGAGACUCGAGUGACCUUGAAUUGAAGGGGGAGGAAGGUGUACAAUGACACUGGAGAUGGCCAAGUGACCCCACCUCUCAACACGGGUGUAUUAAAACAAAAUUUAGUUGAGGUCAAUGCAUUUUCAAUCUUUUCAUUUCAAAUUUCAAAAUGAAACUGAAGCUAUAGUUGCAGUUUUUAAUAGUAAAUAUGGCAGCAGGGUGGU